CUACUGUCAUCGAACCGAGGAAGACUUAGGGUUUUAUGCGCUCGAUUCUCAGCAUCCCCCAUACCUUCGUGCUUCUUCUUCUUCUUCUUCUUCUUCUGAUGAUUCCGCAAAGCCGAAGCGACGAUGGAGAAGAUAUCCGCAGCCUGCGCCAUGGAUUGGAGCAUCGACCUCGAGAAAUCCCUCCGCUCCAAAAUCCCCGGUCGGCCGGUCGAAGCGAUACUGCAGGCGGGGCAGAGGCUGGAGCGGUGGAGCUCCGAGCCGGAGCCGGCGAUGUCGGUCUACAGCAUGUACGGGCUGGUUCCCGGAGAGGAGCGGCUCUUCGCCAACGCGAUCCUGCUGCGCCUCGCCGACGCGUUUCUGUCCGGCGACCGCGAGAUCAAGCGCGCCGUGGUCAGGGUCUUCCGGGGGCUGCGCGGAUGCGGUAGGAAGAGGAGCGGGGAUGCGGCGGUGAAGGGGAUCUUGUCGAGAGGUCGCGUGAAUAAUCCCACGGCGUUGCUGACUAGAGUGAAGGUCGUGUUCGAUGGCGGGGAUGUCGAGUCGAGAGCGAUGGCUCUCGUGAUCUUCGGGUGCUGCGCCGAUUUCGCUAGGGACAGUGCUCAUGUGCGGUACCUGAUACUUUCAAGUUUGGUUUCUUCCGAGAUUUUGGAGGUACAGGCAUCUUUAUUCGCGGGAGGGUGCUUUUGUGAGUUAGCAGAUGACUUUGCAUUGGUUUUCUUACAGAUGCUUGUUAAUCUGAUGAGUUCAUCAGAUACAUCAUCUACUGUUAGGUUGGCUGGAGCACGUGUUUUCCCGAAAAUGAACUGCUCCUGUUCGAUUGCAGAUGGAGCUUACAAGACAGGUCUAAAGAUGCUUUUAGGCUCUGUUGAUGAGGAGUUUCUGGCCGCCAUGUUGGUUUCACUGUCAAAACUUGCUUGCAUAUCGCCUCUACUUGUUUCUGAACAGGUGGACUUGCUUUUCUCAAUUUUGAGUGAAGGGAAAACAUUAUUUAUGCAAGAAACGGCACUGAGAUGUAUCCAUUGUGUGUACAGAAGAGGAGUGCUCCUUUUCCCUGACGCUGGAAAUGUUAAGAAGUUGCUCAGAAUAGUAGAUGAUCCUAACCUUCCUACAGGCUUUCAAUGCCAAGCUCUACGGAUUUUGUGUCGGGUUCGGUUCUAUGUAUUGCCGAGCAUGUCUCCCAUGGACAUGCUCGAUUUCGCUAAGAUAUUUGUAAGUAUUGCAUCCCAAUGUCCUACCAAGCCAAAGAGCCUCUUAGCCCUUUGUCUUUUAGUAGAUUCAUCUCUUAUGGUGAGUGUGAGAGAAGAAAUGAAAUCCGUUGGGUACUAUUCUUCUCUGCCUCUGCAAGUUGUCAGAUCCAUCAUUGAUCGGAUCCUUUUUCUAGUUAGGCCAUCCUCUAAUCCUUCUCAUAGCGACUCUCAAGUGUUUGGUGAAGUAAAGAUUAUGCUCAGGCUACUUCUUCGUCUGGCUAGCAGAGACUUGGAUCUGGGAGCUUUGGUGCUGGAUCAAACCAGUUUGGUUAUUAGAGGUCUUCUAAACGAGUGUGAGGGUGCGAGGUCUUCAAAAGAAAAUGGCCUAUCAGUGGAUGACGGUGCAGAAUAUACGAAGGAAGGAAACAUAGUUAGAAUAUCAAACCUUGUACUUAUCAUCUGCAGAUUUUUGACAUCUUUCCUUGAAGUUCUAAGUGAAGCUGGUGCUAUCACCACCCAGAUAUUUGAGAAAGUUAAGGUUCUGGCUGAAUGCAUUCAGCACUGCAGCUUGUUUACUUCUUAUGUACGGAUAAUAUGCUCAAUACUGUUGCGCAGUCCAUAUAUUUGGAUCUGCACGGUGAAGAAGAAUGGGGUAAUUAAUACGAACCUCCAUGCUACUCUUUGUGGUUACUUGGUUGAACGCGAAUGCUUUAGUAUUGAGUGUGCAGGAAAGAUAUUGGCUGACAAGGAGUACUGGCCUGCUUAUAAUGCUGGCUUUUAUGCAGCAUGUCAGGGAGCAUGGUUUACAGCAAAUUGCAUAUUUUCUGAUCUAUCAGCCAGAGUCAAAUAUAAAUCCCAUUGUUGCUGGUUGAAAUCACUAGCUCAAUUUUCUCUGGCGGAGAUGAAACUUCAAAUGCUCAUCUUACCAGAUAAAGGAUCAAGUUUGAUAGAAUGUUUAGAGAAGAUCAAGAUCCCUAUUGUGCUUAUUCGAGGAAAGUUCUGUAAGACUGGAGAAGGUGCAACCGAGUCUAUGAAUUCAUCUGAAUUUGGAGAGAAGGUUUCUGAUGCUUAUUUUAAUCUGCAGUCUUCGUGGAAAACGUUGGAAUCUAGUACUACAUCUGACAGAGCAUUUCUCUUCCAGACGUGGUUUAUGGCAUUAAGAGUGAAACUGUUGGAAAUUGUUGUUGAAAUGAUGAAAGUCUCGGCUUCCAUUUCUUUUGAUAAUGACAAUGGCAAUAACGAAGGGAUUGAGAGGAGAGAGGAUGAGUGCGUGAAGUUCUUGCGAGAGCUCAUUCUAAUCUCAUCUCGACUAAUGAAGCUAUCCGAGGAGUUUGAUUUGCUUGCUGUAUCUUUCAUCGGUAUUGACAGAAGAAGUUUGCAAAUUAUUUCAACACUUGCAUUAGGUUGUUCACUACUCUCACUUGUCACUGGUUUUGCUCUCUUUAUUCCAAGCUUAUCUCCCAAAGAAAGUUUAGCCUCUUGUUUAGAAGACUCCAAAAAAAUUACGCAGGCAGCGGUAUUGCAAAAUCUGUCUGGACGGAUAUUCCAUUUAAAUGACGAGACCACCAAAGGUAUCCUUUCACUCUUGGAUGUGAAUGAGCAGGCCAAGAGCUGUUUUCACUUGCAGUCCAAAAUUCAACUUAGCAGCUGUGAAGUGAAGGAGCUGCUCAGCAUUUGUCACUGUGCAGUUUCUGGAAUUAUUAAUUUGCGAAAUCAGACGAACCGAGUACAGGAAGAAUCUCUCUCCCAGAUUACCAAAGUCAGUGGAGGACUUGCAAUGAAUGUCAUUAUGAAUUGGUUCCAAAUUCCUAGUCGAGCCCCUAAAUACUAUUUUAAAGUAAGGCCUCCCAUCGGGGCAGAGCUCUAUGUCUUCAAUGCUGAUCCGAGGCACCCAGAUGGGUUAAACGUCUCACAAGGAUUCCAACUGUCUCUGAAUCUCUGCCUUCAACUGAAGAACAUGCCCCCCGAUCUUCCUGUUCAGCCGACAAAGUUGUACUGCAUCAUUCGCUGCAGAAAAGCCAUCGGGUUGCAAGGACCGAGCGGAGCGUGCAACGUGGCUGCAUCUUCGGUUCAUCAACCUUGGGGGAGUGAUGAUAUGGUCGAACUGAACGAAAAGCUAUAUCAUCAGGUGAUAGGAUGCGGAGAAAAGUGUAACAUGAAGAAAGUCCGAGGAGGCGAUGAUGCUACAGCAUAUGUGCAUUUCAAGCUAAAUAAGAGGGGCCAAGGGUUCUCGGACUGCUUGCUCGACGUUUCUCGUUUUCCUGUGGGUAGUUACCGACUGAGAUGGCAUGGCGGGUGUCUGGACGAUCGGGAUUCUUACUGGAGUCUGCCCCCCUUAAAUCCUGGACCUGUAUUUACUGUACAUUAACAUAAAUACAAAUUUAAAUACAAAUCCAGUUACUUUAGGGCUUAUAUUUGAAAUUCUAUGUCGAA